AUGGGCGAACGGAAAGAAGCAGCGGUGCCGGGCGUGGCCUAUGAGGGAGGAGGCAGCGGCGGCAGUGGAUCGAGCUCAUGCAAACGCGCAGCUGCUGUUUGCAAAAUCAGCAAGCGCAGCCAGCAGGGAAUCUUUAAAAAGAUGAAGCCAAUUGCUACUUAUUUUGCAACUCCACCAUCUAAUGAAUCUCAAGCUCCUGUUCAUGUUCAUGUUCCUGAACCUGAUGCUAACAUUUUAUCCACUGAAGCCUCAGAUGCAAACAUUGUAGAAGAUCUAGUUCCUGAACAUGAAGUGUAUAAUGAGGGCUCUCAUGAUAACACUUUGCAAACUUCUAUUCUAGGAUUUAGUCCAACUCACAUUGAACCUGAUCCUGGACUCCGGAAACAAAUUGGAGAUUAUCCUACUCCAGAAAUCAGAGAUGCAGUGAGGAGGGAGUAUUUGAAGAAAGGUCCAUGUCAGCCGUAUGGGCAUGAUUUUCCUCGCAACACUACAGAUAAAAGGGUAUUCAGAGAGGAGUGGUUUGACGAGUCUGAUGUUUUUUGCAGUUGUGGCAGUCUUGCUAAUCUUGCUCUCAAGUUGGUUGAAACUAAGGAACAUUUACACUUUCCUUUGGUUUACCGACUCAUCACACUUGCUUUGACUUUGCCAGUAGCGACGGCAUCUGUUGAAGGAGUUUUCUCAGCCAUGAAUAUCAUUAAGACAGAUUUGAGAAAUAAGAUAUCUGAUGAUUGGUUGAAUGAUCUGAUGAUAUGCUAUGUAGAGCGAGAUAUAUUUGCUGGAAUUGAUGACAAGAAGAUCAUAGAACAUUUUCACAGCUUGAGAGACCGUAGAGGCCAUCUACCAAACCCUCCCCGUAUACUUACGACUUAG